GCUGUUGAUUGACCAGGCGGCGACUUCAUGUGUCGGAACGCUGCACCUGCUCGCAACCCAUUGCCCCCAGCCAGCCUCUCUCGCCAUGGGGACAAGCUCGCUACACUUCUGAUACCCGCGAGCGCCAUAGCUUAAAGUUCCAUUGCCCUUCAUCGUAUUCUAGAUUCGUGUUCCAGUGAGAGCGAUUGCUGUAGGGUACUCUCAGGAAUUCUCAUGUUCUGAUUGCAGUGUGAUAUUUUUGCUCAGUGUGUGACCUGCGAUUGUGUCUGUUGGUUGCAUUUCCCGCCUGUGCUGCUUGCCCUCAUUCCGCCAUAGCCUGGUGGUGAUCAGAGUGUUGGCCUGCACGACGUUCGGGAUAGAUCGUUUUAUAAGAGAGUUCUAUUCUCCAGUCUAUGGUGACGGAAAGUUGAAGUUUUCUCGAGUGGUGUUUUAUUGUGAAGGAAGCUUAAUCGCAGGAGGAGUGUUCAGCAUAUGCAGUUGCGAGAAAUUUGAGUGCUGUUAAGCUGAAAUCUGUGCUUUAAAGCGUGCUUGUCUUGGGUUCCAUUAGUUGUUGAGUUUUUGGGCGGUUGAGGGAGACAGAUGUCGUUGAAGUUGUGCUUAGGGAAUCAAUCUUUCGCCUUCAAGUCGUCUGUAUUUGUAAACGCGAUGAACGGGGAGAUGUUGGAAAGGGCGAUGCCAAAAGGACUGCCGUUCGUGAGAACAAGCGGGAGGAGGGAAGAAGUUGGGAGCUCUACACUCGUGUGCAGAGCGAGUGCAUGGCCUGCAUCGAAUGCGUUUCUGCAGAAGGUGACACAGAUUGGUUCGGCUAGCAAUGGAGAUGCGUUGGUAGCGGGGAAUUCCCCGACGCAGCUGAAACAGGAGGAUCUCAGCAUGCAAGCACCAUCGAGUGGAAGGGCGAUGGAGGUGUCGACCAGCCAAAUGGUGAGCCUGCACCUGCCGAAGCCGUUGUCAAUUGCUGACCUAACUCUUCCACCAAGAGGAGGAUCAGAUGUGCGGGUUGCCUAUCAGGGAGUGCCGGGCGCCUACAGUGAAGCGGCAGCAGCCAAGGCAUACCCGAGAUGUGAAGCUGUUCCGUGCGAGCAGUUCGAGGCAGCUUUUUCGGCGGUGGAGCUCUGGUUGGCAGACAGAGCAGUGUUACCAAUUGAGAACUCACUCGGAGGCAGCAUCCACAGGAACUACGACCUUUUGCUUCGCCAUCGUCUGCACAUCGUGGGGGAGGUGCAGCUCACUGUCCACCACUGCCUGAUGGCUGUGCCCGGCGUGAAAAAGAAGGAACUUCAGCGAGUGGUGAGCCAUCCUCAAGCCCUGGCACAAUGCGAGCAGACGUUGACCAAAUUGGGCGUCGCACGAGAGGCCGUGGACGACACAGCCGGGGCUGCGCAGUUCAUUGCCGCUCACAACCUUCGGGACACGGGAGCCGUUGCUAGUGCUCGCGCUGCUGAGAUUUAUGGGCUCGAAAUUCUGAUGGAUGGUAUUCAAGACGAUUUGGACAAUGUCACCCGCUUUCUUAUGCUCGCAAGAGAGCCCAUUAUUCCCAGCCUCGACCGAAAAUUCAAGACCAGUAUCGUUUUCACCCUGCAGGAAGGACCCGGCGUCCUAUUCAAGGCGCUCUCCGCUUUCGCACUCAGGGAUAUCAACCUCACAAAAAUCGAGAGCCGACCUCAGCGGAAGAGACCCCUGCGGGUCGUCGACGAUAGCAACAAUGGCACUGCCAAGUACUUCGAUUACCUGUUUUACAUCGACUUCGAGGCAUCCAUGGCUGAUGUUCGCGCUCAGAAUGCUCUGAGCAACUUGCAAGAGUUCGCCACUUUCUUAAGAGUUUUGGGUAGUUAUCCCAUGGCCAUGAGUCUCAUGAGAGCGUAGAUUUUUCGUGAACUCUAUUUUUUGAGCUUCACGUAACAAGUGCCGCGCAAAUCCUUGGGAUCACAAAGCGAAGCUGCACGGCAAUGUCGUCUUGGAGGCCCGCUGGCAUGAGGUAAUCCCAAUUGUGCGAUAUUACUAGCGAUCAUAGGUUUCAGAUUAAGGUGAGGAUGGAAAGCCUCCCUGUUUAUUUAGUUAUAAAGUAAUUCUGUAAAAUGUGUAAGCUGAAUUGACGCUGCGUCAUGUAGCGAUUCGCUGUAGAAAUAUCUCCAGGACUGAUUGUCCGCGGUCCUACUCAUUAAACACCGAUUUUGUUGACUAGCAUUUUUGCCUGCCAAGGCUGAUUCAAAGUUAGGGCUGCCAACUCAUUGUUGGAACUUUGGUGACAAAUAACUUAUUAUUUCACUUCUUUGUGCAA